CCCUCUCUCUCUCUCUCUCUCUCUCAAAAGUCAGAAGAAGAAGAAGAAGAAAUUGAUAUACAGCGAUGCCACGCGUAUUGGCUUCUUCUGACGCACCACCGCCGCUUCUGACCGCCGUCGGAGGCACCUCGACCUUUACAACACCUACGCUGCCUCAGCUCCGCCAGGACGGAGGCAAGGAGCCCUCCUCCUCUGCCUCCUCCUCCAUAGUCAUAGUGAUUAUCAUUGUCGCCUCCGCCAUCAUCGUUUCGGCCUCUAUUUACUUCCUCCUCCGCUAUUUCAGUCGCCACUGCCACCGCUCUCUCCGCUCGGUCUCCGUCACGGAAGAUGUCGUGCCCUCGCGUCGUGAUCCUUGUCUGUACGACCGGCGAGCGUCGCCGUCCGACGACUUGAUAAAUUCUCUUCCUCUAUUCACUUUUGGUUCCGUCACCGGGAAUAUAACCGGCGGUGACUGCCCGGUCUGUUUAUCCAAGUUCGAGAAGAACGAUCGGCUGCGGUUAUUGCCUCUGUGUUGCCACGCCUUCCAUAUGCAGUGCAUUGACGCGUGGCUGUCGUCUAAUCAGACCUGUCCACUGUGCCGGUCUACGGUACAUCCGACGGAGGCCGAUGUAAUGAACAAAAUCCUCUCAUCUACUGAUCAUGAGCGUGGGAAUAGUUUCCGGAUAGAAAUUGGAAGUGUGAGCCGCCGGAGAGAGGGAUCGGAUUCCGGUGACGGUCGGAGGUCGUAUUCCAUUGGCUCGUUUGAGUACAUUGUCGACGACGGCUACGAAUUGUCCGUGGGGUCAACACACCGGCGAGGUCCGUCCGACUGUACUUCUGUUGAUAAGGAGUCUACCGGUGUGCCGGAACCGCCGGGAGAGAAUUUAGCAGCCGAAGUCGGCGGACGGAGCUGGUUGAGAGAGUACGUGGAUCGAUUCGCGUCAAUUUCCUCUCGCACUGUUUCAUUUCGCAGCUCCGGCAGGUUUUUCACUGGCAGCAGUCGUCGCAGUGACUCUAUAGUCGCCGUAGACGACUGCGAGACCAAUCGGAUUGGAGAAGAGAUUAGCGAGUUGUUUCGGUGGUUCUCAGGGGUAUGACUUGUAAAUUCCGUUCCACUGUAGUGUCAAUUCAGAUCUUCGUAGUUAAUUCCAUCUUUUGCCGCAUCCACUCCAUCGUUAGGAGUGGAUGUAGCAAAAAAUGGAAUGAUUCGGUUUUCUUAUUUCCAUUCAAUCAUAUACAGAUUCUAUAUGUAUGGGCGCUGAAGUGAUUUAAAUCUUUGUUGAUGAUUUUGUGUGCCUUUAUUGAUUUGCAAGGAUGGAAACGACGAAGUAAAUCCCAAUUCCAUUAGGUUGCAGUUUCUUAAAAUCAAUUUCAUCUUUAUAUUUGUACAAAACAAAUGGAAGAUUUUUCCAUUUUUAUUCCAUCAUAUAUUUGUUAAUGAUUUUCGUGUGGGCUAUGCGAGUUUAAGCCUUUUAUCUAGGCAUAUCUUUGUUAA